CGGCUGUACGAUUGCGCAUGUGUAAUUCGGCGCCACUGAGCGUAAACUUUGGACGUGCGGGAAAGUGGCAGCGGGACGUAAUGGGACGCGCGUAAGGAAACGGCAGGGAUCGAUCACUCGAAGCAGGGUGAGAAGGAUGGCAUCAUGCUCCGAGAUCUGCGGGUCUGAACAGUCGGAGCGCGCUCCGAACCCCACGGAGUCGGGCUGCCACAGGUAUGGCGUGCGCUCGUACCUGCACCACUUCUACGAGGAGUGCACCGCCUCGGUGUGGGAGCGACGCAACGAGGAUUUCCAGACCCAGAGAUCGCCGCGCUGGUGGAGCUCGGGCCUCUGGAAGGUCUCUCUUGUGUUCGGCACCUUGGUGUUGGCAAUAGGCCUGGUGGUGUUUGUGGUGGGCUGCACCAUCCCCUCCCGCAUCGAGGCCUUCGGUGAGGGGGAGCUGCUGUUCGUGGACCGGCAGGCUGUCCGCUUCAACGAGGGGCUCCAGAUGAGCAUCCAGGCCGGGGCCGGGAUGCUUUGCCUGGGGGGCCUGGUGGUGGCCGGCAGCCUCUUUGCGUCAGCCUUCGCCAGGGGCCCCAGCAAAGACGUGAACCAGAGCCCUCCGGCCAAAGACAGGGGGAGGGAAAGGAAGAGAGGGAAGAGAGGCAGGAAAGUACCUUCUGAGCCCGUCACCAAGCCCCCGACCCCCAUCUCGAGUGAGACAGGGGUGCCUGUCACCCUGACGAGAGUAGAAAACAUCCAGCCCCCUUCGGAAGAACCCCCCUCCUCUCCAUCUCACUAGCGUUGGUUCCACAGAAAAAUAUCUGCUGCGUGAUACAGUGGAAGAACAACUGGGAAUUGUGAACUUAAGUUUGAACAGGAGAGAAUGCGAGCCUUUGUCUGGUGGUCGGUGUUGUACUGAUUGCUUGUGUCUUUUCUCUUUCAGCAAUUCAAAUGGAACAUGGGUUGCAGUUUUAGUCAUAUGGGAAAUGUUCUGCGGUAGAGAUAAGUUAUUGUUUUCAUUUGAGAUUCUUAGGAAAAAAAGAACAGUUUAUUUCACAGAAGCAAAGAACAACUCUGAGUCUGUGUAACAGACUUCCCUAGGGGAAUCUGCACAGAUCUCGCUCCUUUCUCUCGCUCUCUUUCUUUUCCCUACCACCAAUUCAAAGCACAUUUAACUUGCACUUCUGGUUACUUGGCAAUGUCUUACAGUAUAUCCUACUUUUACAAAUGGAAAAAAAAAACAUUCCAAUAGCUAAUGUCCUCUGAUUUCACCUUCACUGACAUCUCAAAGCCCAUAGGUAAGACUUUUACACAGGCACUUGAAAGGACGACAAUAUGUGUUGGGUCCUUCAGCUCCAUCUCCACAACAAACCACAGUAGAAUCACACAAUAAAGAAUGGAGUCGUGUUGUUUUCCGUGUCCGUGACAUUGCAGUUGUUGAUGUCCUUGACCUUGGUCAUCCAGAGGAAAGGUAUGAUCAUAGACAGUUGAUCCUUAAAACAUGUAUUAAAUAAAUAUCAGCAUUCCAAAAAUGCUA